UGCGCGACGCCGCUUUUCCUGCUCGUCGGCAUCAUCGGAAACGGGCCACAAGGCGUCGUAGUAACCAAGCCGAGUGGCUUGCUAGAAACCAGAAAUCAUAUUCUCCAAAAUAUUACGCCAAUAACUCGACUCAAAGCGCCUUUACUCCCUCAACGCUGCGCCGAGUUCGCGGUGGAAGGGAUUAAUCCACCUGAAGCAGCUCGCUCGGCUCGUUCCCUUCGUGUGAGAGUGAGGGUUUGUGCGCCUCAGAGCCGGUUUCUGAUGAUCCGGAUCACGCGGGGAACCGAAGAGUUUGCUUGAGGAUCACGCGGGGAACCGAAGAGCUCCAGGCUGAAGUUGAAGAGCAUGAAGACGGUUUUGGGGGGAGGUCUGAUCGUCGGCGCGAUCGAGAAUCGUCUGACGGCUGAAAUCGUGGCGACUUUCUGAAAUCCCGGAGGCAAACACGCCGACUUCUGCCCUUUAGAGAUGAUUAACAGCACGGUGGCUUUGAGGUUUGUCUCCUGAUGUCUCUGCAGCCCUUUAAAGACGUCCAGACCUCAGUGUGCUGAAGGUGUCCGGCUUGCACGAGGUAGUUGUAGAUGCAUCUGGACCAAGAUCAGCGGCUAGAGUUGUUUUUAACGGUAAUGCACAGAUGUAGCAUGCUUUCAAAAGGCUUUUAUAUUGUAAAAACCCAUGCAAUGUUUGCUAGCUGUGACCAACUAUUCCGGUAUGAACAUUUAUAAUCACUCCUGACUCUUUCUUUGAUUGCAUUCCCUUUAAUCUGGAUCCAAAUAUCAGCAUUUUCCCAUCACUGUAGCCUGAUUUCUUCAUGACACCCAUUGGGAUCUUCAGACACCCUUCCCUGUACAGGUGACCCGGCUUGUGUUCCAGUUAUGCUGCAACUUCAAGAGGGCGUUGAUUGGUGGCGGUCCCAUAGAGUUGGUUAAAGAUCUGAACUGGUGUCCGAAAGGCUGUAGGUAGCAACCCUACAAGAGGUUAACCAUCACCAUUGUGUCUUUGACCUCCACAGAGCCCAUCCCUGUAGAAAGUCCACUGACACUUUUGUGAAUGAUAGACCAUUGCAGAUCCCGAGAGCAUGGCGGAUAAGACGGCCCCCCGCUGUCAGCUGAGGCUGGAGUGGAUUCAUGGAUACAGAGGCCAUCAGUGCAGGAAUAACCUGUACUACACCGCGGGGAAGGAGAUCGUGUAUUUCGUGGCUGGAGUCGGAGUGGUUUACAGCACCAGAGAACACACACAGAAGUUUUUCUUGGGACACAACGACGACAUUAUUAGUCUAGCGCUGCAUCCGGAUAAGACCCAGGUGGCCACAGGUCAGGUUGGGAAGGAUCCGUAUAUCUGCGUGUGGGACUCGUACGCGCUGACCACCGUGUCCAUCUUGAGAGACGUUCACACUCACGGUGUGGCCUGUCUGGCCUUCGACGCUGAUGGCCAGCGUUUAGCGUCUGUGGGACUUGAUGCCAAAAACACGGUGUGCGUGUGGGACUGGAAAAAGGGGCGUGUCUUAGCCACCGCCACGGGACAUUCUGAUAGGGCAGGGAUCUUCAGCAUGCACUCAUGUGAGGAAGGAUUCGCCACCGGUGGGCGGGAUGGAUGUGUGAGGCUGUGGGACGUGGAUUUCAAACCCAUUACCAAGAUUGACCUCAGAGAGGCAGAACAAGGUUAUAAAGGUCUGUCCAUCCGCAGCGUGUGCUGGAGGGCUGACAGGAUCCUGGCAGGAACUCAAGACAGUGAGAUCUUUGAGGUGAUGGUGAGAGACCGAGAUAAACCGAUGCUGAUCAUGCAGGGUCAUUCAGAGGGGGAGCUCUGGGCCCUCGACCUGCAUCCCAAACAACCGCUGGCCGUCACCGGCAGCGACGAUCGAUCCGUACGACUGUGGAGUUUGUCCGAACACACGCUGAUCGCUCGCUGUAAUAUGGAAGAGGCCGUUCGCAGCGUUUCCUUCAACAACGACGGUUCCCAGCUGGCUCUCGGCAUGAAGGACGGCUCCUUCACUGUUCUUCGUGUCAGGGACAUGACGGAGGUGGUCCACAUCAAGGACAGGAAGGAGGUCAUUCACGAGCUCAAGUUCUCACCCGAUGGCUCUUACUUGGCCGUGGGCUCCAACGACGGGUUUGUGGACACCUACGCUGUGGCCCAACGCUAUAAGAAAGUGGGAGAGUGCAACAAGUCCACCUGCUUCAUAACACACCUGGACUGGUCCGUGGACAGCCGCUUCCUGCAGACCAACGAUGGAGCUGGAGAACGAUUCUUCUACAGGAUGCCUACCGGUAAAUUCAUGCCGAAGGAGGAAGCCAAAGGAAUCCACUGGAUGACGUGGACCUGCGUUCUCGGACCGGAGGUCAACGGAAUCUGGCCUAAAUAUUCCAACGUCAACGACAUCAAUUCUGUGGACGCAAACUACAGCAGUGCAGUGCUGGUGACGGGCGACGACUUCGGCCUCGUCAAACUCUUCCGAUUCCCUUGUCUUAAAAAAGCUGCCAAAUUCAAGAAAUACAUCGGCCACUCUGCCCAUGUGACCAAUGUGCGCUGGUCACAUGACCUGCAGUGGGUUCUGAGCACAGGUGGAGCCGAUCACUCUGUCUUCCAGUGGAGGUUUCUGCCGGAGGGAGUCAUGAAUGGAGUUCUGGAGCCGCUGCUGCAAGAUAGCUACGCUGACUCUAACAGUGGCGAAUCUGACUCCGACCUCUCCGACGUUCCCGAGCUGGACUCAGACAUUGAACAGGAAGCCCAGAUCAACUACGAGCGUCAGGUGUAUAAGGAAGAUCUUCCUCAGCUCAAGAAGAAACUGGCUGGAUCUCUGAAGAGGCAGAAAGCGCCAGACGAGGGGCUGCGCCUGCAGUUUGUCCACGGGUACAGGGGCUACGACUGCAGGAAUAAUCUGUUCUACACUCAGGCCGGUGAGGUGGUGUAUCAUGUGGCGGCUGUGGCUGUGGUGUAUAACAGACAGCAGCACACGCAGCGCUUUUACAUCGGUCAUGACGACGAUAUCCUGAGCCUCACUGUGCAUCCGCUCAAAGAUUAUGUGGCCACCGGACAGGUGGGUCGAGAUCCGGCCGUCCAUGUGUGGGACACCCAGACACUCAAGUGUUUAUCUCUGCUGAAGGGUCAACAUCAGCGCGGGGUUUGUGCUCUGGAGUUCACAGCGGAUGGCAAGAGUUUAGUGUCUGUGGGAAUCGAUGAAGACCACUCCCUAGUCAUCUGGGACUGGAAAAAAGGCGAAAAACUGGCCAAAUCCAGAGGACAUAAAGAUAAGAUCUUUGUGGUCAAAGGAAACCCGUUCCGCAUGGACAAACUGCUGACGGUGGGAAUGAAACACAUCAAGUUCUGGCUGCAUACAGGAGGAGGUUUAACAUUUAAAAGAGGCAUUUUCGGAAAUCUCGGCAAGCAUGAGACCAUGAUGUCCGCCUGCUAUGGACGCUCGGAGGACCUGGUGUUUUCUGGGGCGACGACGGGUGACGUGUACAUCUGGAAAGACACGACGCUCAUGAAGAGCAUCAAAGCUCACGACGGACCCGUGUUUGCCAUGUGCUCUCUGGACAAGGGUUUUGUGACGGGGGGUAAAGAUGGAGUUGUUGAGCUGUGGGACGACAUGUUCGAGAGAUGUCUGAAGACGUAUGCUAUCAAGAGGGCGGCGCUCUCGCCUUCAUCUAAGGGGCUGCUGUUGGAGGACAACCCGUCCAUCAAAGCGAUCACUCUGGGACACGGACACAUUCUGGUCGGCACCAAAAACGGAGAGAUCCUGGAGAUCGACAAGAGCGGCCCCAUGACUUUACUCGUACAGGGUCAUAUGGAGGGGGAAGUUUGGGGCCUCGCUGCUCAUCCACUGCUGCCCAUCUGUGCCACUGUGAGUGACGACAAAACGCUGCGGAUCUGGGAGCUUUCGGCCAACCAUCGAAUGGUGGCCGUCCGGAAACUUAAGAGAGGUGGUCGAUGCUGUGCCUUCUCGCCAGACGGAAAAGCCUUAGCGGUGGGUCUAAACGAUGGCUGCUUCCUGGUGGUGAAUGCAGACACGCUGGAAGACAUGGUGACCUUUCACCACAGGAAGGAGAUCAUCUCUGACAUCAGGUUCUCUCAAGAUGCUGGAAAAUACCUCGCUGUGGCCUCCCAUGACUCAUUUGUGGACAUUUAUAACGUUCUGACCAGUAAGCGGGUGGGCAUCUGCAAAGGAGCGUCCAGCUGUAUCACACAUGUGGACUGGGACGUCCGCGGAAAACUGCUUCAAGUCAACACUGGUGCCAAAGAGCAGCUAUUUUUUGAAGCUCCACGUGGAAGACGACAAACUAUCAGCAGUUCAGAGUUUGAGAAGAUGGAAUGGGCCACAUGGACGUCAGUGCUGGGUCCCACCUGUGAGGGCAUCUGGCCGACGCUCAGCUUCGUCAACGCCUCUUCACUUACCAAAGACAGGAAGCUGCUGGCCACUGGAGACGACUUUGGCUUCGUCAAGCUCUUCAGCUUCCCCUGCAAGGGUCAGUUUGCCAAGUUUAAAAAGUAUGUGGCUCACAGUGCCAAUGUGACGAACGUUCGAUGGUCCAAUGACGACGCGAUGCUGCUGUCGGUGGGCGGGGCCGACUCGGCCCUCAUGAUCUGGGCGAGAGAGGGGAUUGGUCCACGCGAGAGCAAAGCCGUGGACAGCGAGGAAUCAGACGACGACGCUGAGGAGGAUGGAGGGUACGACAGUGACGUCGCUCGGGAAAAGAGCAUGGAUUACACGACGAAGAUCUACGCUGUCAGUAUACGGCAAAUGACAGGCGUGAAACCACACCAACAACAGAAGGAGAUCCUAGUAGAUGAGCGGCCUCCAGUGAGCCGCGCCGCGCCGUUACCUGACAAACUGGUGAAGAACAACAUCACAAAGAAGAAGAAGAUGGUCGAGGAACUGUCUCUGGAUCACGUGUUUGGCUACAGGGGCUUUGAUUGUCGAAACAACCUUCACUACCUCAAUGAUGGAGCUGACAUCAUCUUCCACACAGCCGCCGCUGCUGUUAUUCAGAACCUCUCUGCUGGAACUCAGAGCUUUUAUCUGGAGCACACGGAUGACAUCCUCAGUCUGACUGUCAAUCAACAUCCCAAAUAUCUCAACAUCAUCGCCACCGGUCAGAUCGGCGACUUCGCUGAUCUGGCAGGCCUGGCGCCGUCCAUUCACGUGUGGGACGCCAUGAGCAAGCAGACGCUGUCGGUGCUGCGCUGCUCUCACGCUAAAGGGAUCGGAUACGUCAACUUCAGCGCCACAGGAAAACUGCUGCUGUCUGUGGGAGUGGAUCCGGAGCACACCAUCACUGUGUGGAGAUGGCAGGAAGGCUCUAGGGUUUGCAGUAAGGGCGGUCACAGCGACCGGAUCUUCGUGGUGGAGUUCAGGCCUGACUCGGACACUCAGUUUGUGUCGGUGGGGAUCAAACACAUCAAGUUCUGGACGCUGGUGGGAGGCUCUCUGCUCUACAAGAAAGGUGUGAUCGGAGCGGUGGAGGACGGGCGCAUGCAGACCAUGCUGUCUGUAGCCUUUGGAGCCAAUAACCUGACGUUCACGGGGGCCAUAAACGGUGACGUGUACGUGUGGCGGGAGCAUUUCCUGGUGCGUGUGGUGGCUAAAGCUCAUACAGGACCAGUGUUCACCAUGUACACCACGCUCAGAGACGGACUCAUCGUGACCGGAGGCAAGGAGAGACCGACUAAAGAGGGCGGCGCUGUGAAACUGUGGGAUCAGGAAAUGAAGAGAUGUAGAGCGUUUCAGCUGGAGACAGGACUUCCUGUUGAGACGGUCAGAUCUGUGUGCAGAGGAAAGGGAAAGAUCUUGGUGGGAACGAAGGAUGGCGAGAUCAUCGAGGUGGGAGAGAAGAACGCCGCCUCCAACACCAUGAUCAACGGACACACGCAGGGACGCAUCUGGGGUCUGGCCACACACCCCUCCAAAGACGUCUUCAUUUCUGCCAGCGAUGAUGGAACCAUCCGCAUCUGGGACCUGGCGGAUAAGAAACUCCUGAAUAAAGUCAGUCUGGGUCAUCCGGCAAAGUGCACAGCGUACAGUCCGAACGGUGAGAUGGUGUCCAUCGGGAUGGAGAACGGAGAGUUCAUCGUGCUGCUGGUGAAUUCUCUGACCGUAUGGGGCAAGAAUUGUGUGACAGAGACAAAGAAAGUGAGUCAUAUUUAUCAGCUUUGGAAAUACAUUACCGCAAUGCUGAUCAUCUGA